AUGCGCAGGACGAGCAGCAACGGUUUGAAGCUCGACCUAACGGAGAACACGCCAGGUAGCUCGUUGUCGAGGCUGCCUAACUUAGUUGAGCAUGCGGAGACAUGUCAGGCCCUGUCCGCCGGGACCGGUGAGAAUUUAAGCAGCAAAUUGCCGAACGUGGUCGAGGGCUCGAUGGACUAUGGUAGCGAGCGUAGAUCCUCCCGGUACCUCGAGUACCAAGACUCGAAACCGUAUCAGGAUCCUCAGACGGCCUCCGGUUUGCCGCCGUACGAACAGCAGGCCUAUCAUGACCAGUCGAGGGGCUACAGGGGUUACGAUCGUAAGCCCUACGACAGAGAGGAUAUCGAACGAUACGAUAACAGAAUUUAUCCGGAGGAUAACCUGAGGUACGAUCAUCGAGGGGAUCAGAGAACGUACCAGGAGUCGGACUUGGACGCGCCGUACGAGAGGAGCGAUGCCCAGAAGCUCAGCAGGGCUUAUCCCACGGAGUUGCAGGAAGCUGGGGCUAGAAGGUACUCGAGAGACUUGACCGAUUACGAGUACGCGUCCCGGUACGCGGAGGAGACGCUCAAGCUCGAACCAAAGAAGGAUCACCACCACCAUCAUCAUUCCGGCAAGGUAUACGAGCCAACCCCGUCAAAGGGAUACGAGUCAGGGGUGAAAACGCACGAUUCCGCUUACGAGUUGUCCUGCUCCACGCAACAGGACCUGGCUGGCAGGAAAUACGAAAGCAAGUACCACUCGGUCAGCAAAAUGUACGGUACCCUGCCCAGGUACGAAGCCAGCAAGUCCUACGAGCCCAGAUCCUACGAGUACGAGGAGCAAUCCUACGAAAGCGGCAGCAAAGCGUACGACUCCAAAUACGAGUUGACCAGUUCGAAAAGCUACGAGAGGGCCAAGUACGAUGGUUCGUCGACAUCCAGGUAUCAGGACAAGUCGUACGAUCAGACCUUGAAGAUCGGUGAACUGGGAUCAUCCUCGUCCACCGCCUACGCUAGGAAGGCUCAGGAUCAGGAGGAGACUAACGCGGAGAAAAUGAACGGGUACAGAAAGAACAACUUCGAGGCGUACGGGGUGUACUCGGACCCUGAGGAUGAUCACGGUUUCUUGGCCGAGAAGAAGGCACCGCAGUAUCCUUACAAGGGCGUGGUGGUGAACGUUAGCGGGGAGUCGAGCGUCAUUGAUCAGAAACGGGCCAAGGACGGCAGGCAGACCGAAAUGCCGGGAAAUCCUUGGUGCAGGCCUACUAUACUGUUGCUUCUGUUGGUUCUACUUGUUGUUAUCUUCGUUUUCGUCGCUGGGAUACUUCUCUACCUAAACUACAUGUCCUACAGGCCCCAGCGUCCCGUUAUCGAGGGUAAGGAUCUAAAUUUCGCCAGUAAUAACGCGGAACCUUGCGAGAAGACUUACUGUUCUUGGGGUGCAACUUGCGUCGUGUCGGAGAACGGGAAACCAUUAUGUCAGUGUCCUAAUGAUUGUCCUUCGACCUCCAAACCUGUUUGCGGCUCUGACAACGUCACCUACACAAAUCACUGUCAUCUACAAAAAACUAGCUGCCAGGAGAGAAGAACUACACGUGUCAGCCAUGAGGGUGCCUGCAAAAUCAAGGACCCCUGUACGAAACUAAAUUGUACCCAAGGUUCACAAUGCGUAAGAAGCAGGGACGGUACCGAGGCAACCUGCGAAUGUCUGGAGUCCUGUCCGAAUUUAGGGGAUCAUGAAGGAUCUGGUCCUGUGUGCGGCACAGAUGGGAUCGACUAUCCGUCUCUCUGCGAGUUGAAUAGGGCAGCCUGUGCAAAAGGUGCUAAUAUCACGGUGGCAUUCCAAGGCAAAUGUGAUCCUUGCGGUAACGUGAAGUGCGCAGAACCGGAAAUCUGUCAGCUGGACGACUCGAGGCAACCAGGCUGUCGUUGCGGUGAGCUGUGCGGCCUUGAGUUCGCACCAGUUUGCGGAAGUGAUGGUAAAACAUACUCGAAUGAAUGCAGCCUCAGGCAGGAAGCUUGCAGAUCGAGAUUAUCGCUUAGGAAGGUGUAUAACGGUGCCUGCAGCUCAGGAAUCAAUCCAUGCGACGAGGCGAAGUGCGGCCCAUAUGAGCAGUGCGUUAUCAAUCGUCAAGGAAUCGCUAGCUGCGAAUGUGGGCCAGAAUGUGAACCCGUGAUGAGACCCGUGUGUGCACGCGGUGGAAAGACCUACACAUCGUUGUGCGAGCUGAAGAGACAGGCCUGUUUGACGAAGACCAACAUCGAGGUCGCCUACACGGGAACUUGUGGCUCUAGGGGACCAUGCUCGGAGAAGAUCUGUCAGUGGGGUGCGAUUUGCGCUGAAACGGGCGGCACUGCGAUUUGCGAAUGUCCAACCUGUCCGGCGGAAUUUCAACCAGUUUGCGGAGACGAUGGCAUCAGCUACGGGAACGAGUGCAAGCUUCGCCUCGAGGGUUGUAAACAUCGACGAGAGAUCCGAGUGCUUUAUCAGGGACUUUGCAAUGGCUGCGAAAAUAAGAAGUGCGAUUACUAUGCGGAGUGUAAGAGCGACAGCGGAGGAGAAGCUAACUGUGUUUGUCCCACCAAGUGCGAUACGAGCAAAGAACUUGCAGACGCGGAGAAAGUUUGUGGCUCUGAUGGAGUAACUUAUGCCAGCGAGUGUGCUAUGAAGGUGGCAUCUUGCGCUUCUCAAACUCACAUCACUGUCAGCUAUAUAGGCGAUUGCGAAAUGUGUGCACGAGUGCAAUGCGAACACGGAGCCCACUGCAUGGCAGGAGUGUGCGUGUGUCCAGACGAGUGUCCUGAACACACCGGAGAAGCUGUGUGUGGUAGCGAUGCCAGCACAUACCCAUCCGAAUGUGAACUCCAAAGAGCAGCUUGUGGCAGAGAUCCGAAAUUGCCGGUGUUGCACGUGAUAUUCUAUGGCAAUUGCAGCGAUCGAUUCGCUGUAGCUGCAUUAACUACGAUGUCGACGCCUGCGGUGGUUCGAUUGGCCACCACUGCUGUUGACGUGACCAGCACUCAAGUACGCGAGGCUUGCAAAAACAUUAAUUGCGAUUUUGAGGCGACUUGCGAGCUAGGACCUGACGAGUACCCCAGGUGCAGCUGCAAAUUCGACUGCGCCUCGAUUUCACCGGAAAAUAUGCGCGCCGUUUGUGGCAGCGACCUGAGAACGUAUUCCUCCUUGUGCGCUAUGAAAAUGGAGGCAUGUCAGAGGCAGCAAGAACUCAGACCUAGACCUCUCGAACUUUGCCAAGGUAUGGAAGUGAAACCUUGCAACGGUGACCCGCCAUUGGUGGAUGAAGAUGGAAAAGAAUACGAUUGCGGCAAUGGACCAGAACGAAGAGAUUGUCCCAGCAACAGUUACUGUCAUCAAACAACUAAAAUAGCUCGGUGCUGCAAGAAAGCUCAAGGUACCCAGGUCGUGAAGUGUUCAGACACUUGGCACGGCUGUUGCCCGGAUGGCAAAACACCUGCUCGAGGACCCAAUGGCGCAGGUUGUCCUGACACCUGCAAAUGCAAUAGGUUAGGUAGUGUUUCCGAUACCUGCAACCCUGAAACUGGACAAUGCGAGUGCAAACCGGGUGUAGGUGACCUUAAGUGCGACAGAUGCAUGCCAGGCUAUUGGGGUCUUCCUAAAAUCAGCGAAGGACAUCCUGGAUGCAUACCGUGCGGGUGUUCACUCUAUGGCUCUGCCAGAGAGGACUGCGAACAAAUGACAGGUCGUUGUGUAUGUAAGACCGGCAUACAGGGUCACAAAUGUACAAUAUGUACAGAUCACAACAAGAUGCUAACACCUACUGGUUGCUAUUCAGUGGACACAACACCGCCGAUACCAACGUCCUGCAACGAGCUGGAAUGUUAUUCAGGUGGGCAGUGUUCAGAGAUCGGUGGUCCACAUUGCGUCUGUCCGUCUUCUUGUCCAUCGGACAUACCGUCGGCACCAGUUUGCGGUAGCGACGGACAGACAUACGACAACGAGUGCGAACUUAGGCUGUACGCUUGUCGCCACCAGGCAGACGUGGUCACUCAAGCUUUUGGCCACUGCAGAGACGAUCCCAUGGUGAAUACGGACUUCCCCGCUAAAAGGUAUACCGCAGUGCAAUAUACCCAACCAGCAGCCGCCAUUUCUCCAUUGUCCAAAUCAACUAGACAUCUGCUGAUACCAGAACCGGAUCCACGUUAUUAUUACACUCAUCGAGCACAUCAAGAAACCAUCACCAUCGACAGGGACAAUUUGAAACAUGGAGUGGCUGCAGCGUAUCGACCAACCCCGGCAACGAUUCGGGUGGUCACCGCGUUGCUGGGCGAUUUAUGCACCGAUGACAAGGAUUGUACUAUACCCAACAGCGAAUGCUCCAAUGGAGGAUGCAUUUGUUCGGAUGGAUAUGCUGAAACUAGCGAUAGACAGGAAUGUUUUGCUAAUUACGUGCCAGUAACACCGACCGAAGAAUUUCGUGCUUGCCUGUCGUAUCCAUGUCACGCGACAUCGACGUGCAUCGAUCUGCCGAGCGCUACAUUCGUUUGCAUGUGUCGUCCGAAUUACACCGGCCUAUUAUGCAACGAGGAGAUCAACAAAAGGGAUUACAAAGUGCCGUCGUUCGACGGCAAGAGCUACGUCCGGAUGAACAGGUUGAAAGCUUACCACAAGUUUAGCGUCGAGGUCGAGUUCAAGACGUACGCCGACAAUGGGAUUAUACUGUACAACCAACAGAAGAGCGACGGCACCGGGGAUUUCGUCUCGUUGGCCAUCGUCGACGGGCACGUGCAGUUUCGAUACAAUCUAGGAAAUGGUCCAGUGGUACUGACUGCACCUGAAAGAGUCACCAUGAAAACAUUCCAUCGUGUAGCAGCGAAAAGGUACCAUAAGGAUGGUGUUCUAAUUUUCAACGACGGAGAGGAUGUUGCUGGACAAAGUCAGGGGAUGCUGAAAUCGUUGGAUUUGAAUCAAGACACGUUCAUCGGGAAUAUGCCCACAAAUUACUCCAAGGUAUACGACAACAUCGGAACCAACCACGGCUUCCUGGGCUGCAUCAGAAAAAUAAAAAUCAACCGAUACAGUGUCGAUCUGCACGUGGGUCACGACAAAGACAUCUUAGAAACAUAUCGCGUGAAAGAAUGCGGGGAAAACGCCUGUGCAAACCUGCCCUGUCAAAACGGCGCAACAUGUCAGCCAAUUUUCGAGGAAGAUCUCUGCAACGAUCGCGAAUGUAGAAGAAUCCAAAGACGAGGAAAGGGCAAGGACAAAAGUGGAGUGAAUAUCGUGCGAUGCAAAGGUACACAUUGCACGUCGAUCGAUCAACGAAGGUCGAAAAAGAACGUGAAGAGACGUUGCGAGGCUCCGAAGUGCGAUUACGAUUACGAUAUGGAUUAUGAGAAUAGUUUCGAACACGGCAAUUACGCAGUCGAGAAGUACGAACCACCUGAUUAUAGGUGCAUCUGCCCACCUCAGUUCACUGGCAGGAAUUGCGAACAAUCGUUGGAUCCGUGUUUGGGCGAACCGUGUCAACAUGGAGCUACGUGCGAUAUUCUACCUCAAGGUGGAUACGUUUGCAAGUGUCCGCCUGGUAGAACUGGAGAACAUUGCGAAAUUUUGGAUGCCGAAUUGACGGAGCUGUUAAUACCUCAAAUGUCUCGGGACGGUUUCCUGGAACUACCCUGUCUCGAGGGUGUUGCUAAAGCAUUCUCCAUAGAACUUUGGUUCCUUACGCACGCCAGCGACGGAUUGCUACUUUACAAUGGCCAAUUGAAUAAUGGACGUGGUGAUUUCAUUAGCCUGAAUUUAGUCCACGGCAGGCUGGAGUUCAGAUUCAAUCUCGGAAGUGGUAUCGCCAAUAUCACAUCCCCCGAUCCCGUCACGCUCGAUACAUGGCAUUGUGUUAGAAUCAGCAGGCUAGGUAGAGAAGGUGUUCUGCAAUUGGAUGAUGGAACUGUUGCCAGAGGACUGUCUGGAAGUCCUUUGACAGAGCUUAAUUUAGAAAUGCCACUCUACGUCGGUGGCGUCAAACAUUGGCGAGAAGUUCAUCGGCUUUCUGGAGCCACGACGGGAUUAGUGGGCGCGGUACAAAGAUUGAUGGUGAAUGGAAAGACGUACCAAAACUUAGCAGUAAACGUAACUCAACACAACACCGAGAUUUAUGAUGGUUUACCAUGUCCCAGUAAUCAGAAUCCCUGCCACAACGGUGGAGUUUGUUUGCCUUUGUUGAACAGCUACCUCUGCAAGUGUGCCAGUGGAUACAACGGGCUUCAUUGCGAAUUUUUCAUGGGCUACGAUGUGUCGACGGAAAUUUCAGAGAGACCAGUUCGCUUUAAAGGAGACAAUUUCUUGCAGUUCAGACACCGUAACGGAAGAAGGCGGAAAGGUCAACAGUCGAACAAGUUUGAACUGCGCCUGAGGACAACGCAUUCGGAAGGGUUGAUUGCUUGGAUCGGAAGAGGAAAGAUCGAACAUCUUAUUCUAUCGUUGCAUGGUGGUGAAGUGGUUCUUACGUACAAAAGCAAAAAUGAGCAGAUAUCGCUGAGAAGCGGGGAACGAGUGGACGACGGUUUCUUCCAUCACAUAAAAGCGUCGAGAAGACGAAGAGCGUUGACGAUACAGAUCGACGAUUUGGCCCCGGUGAAGAAAUCGACGGAGACGAGUCUUCUGACAACGAAUGGCAAGCUGUUCGUCGGCGGGAAACUGGGUUACCGUGGCAUCAAAGGGUGCGUGUCGGACUUCGUGGUGGACAAACGUCGUCUUCACUUAGCCAGGCGGAAAAUAGAGUACUGUCACGACAACGAUGUAUGAUAACGAAUCCAGGGAACGACGAUUGUCAGCGUGACGUCGCCUCUGGCCACGCUCGUCGAACGGACGACGCUUCUGUCCUCGACGAGUUAGCAUCAGCCUAAAAACUCAUGGCAGCGGACGAGCAACGGAUCUUUGGUGUUCGAAACGAAUGACACGUGACCGCGAACGGAGUCAGAUGUGAACUCUGCUCGAGUACACGUGAUUCCUGCCAAAGUUGUGCGAGGGUAGAAAGAAGAGAAGAAGAAAACGAUGAUCGUGCCAUGCAGAAGGGAUAUAAAUAAAACCUCGGAUUCAAUAAACGUAGCAAGCUAACUCGUAUAUUUAUUUUCGUUUCGGAAUAGCAUAGGAACAGAGGAAGAGGAGACGAGCGCGCGAAUCAUCGCGUAAACAGCGUACGUUCUCAUCUAAGGACAAUAAUAUAUUUUUAAGGUGACCGAGAUUAAUGAUUAAACGCGUGUACGUAUAUUAACAGGGGGGAAAAUGUUAAGACUUCUAUUUGAUAAGGUAAUCAAUGUGGAAGAGGAGGGGGUAGGGGAGAAGGCCAGAGGCGAUAAUUAAAUGGAUAAUCGUUAGACGUUACUCGGUAAGUUACGGUAUAUCGGAGCACAGCUAAAUAAAUGUUUAACGAUGCCCAAGACUGAUUUAAGACGAUGAACGAAGACGGAGUCACAGGUGUUGAAUAGUUAACAAAUAAAAAAACAAUAUGAAACGAUAUGAAAGAGAAACGACGAAACGAUAAAUCAUCGGUGUUAUGUUUGAGUGUUUCGGUAGAGAGAUUUAAUGAUCGUGGAUUAUCCGAAUAGAAGAAUGUAUUUUAAAGGAUUUGUUGAUUUUAUGCCAGUAGACAAACGAUGAAGACGAAGAUGAACUAAAAGAAAUUAUAUAUACAUGUACACUCGCGAACAUAUAGAUGAUAGGGAUUUACGGGAACACGAGGUUACGAUCGAGUCGACUUCGGGAAUAUUUGGGAACGAUCGGCAAAGAUCUCGAAAAUUUUUGUAUGACUACUCGGAAUAUUUUUGCAUGAUUGCGAUUUCGAAAAUUUCGAAGCUUAGAAAUAUGGAAAUUUAGGGAUUAGGAAGCUUGAAAACUUUGGAAUUUUUUUUUAGAAAUAUGAGAUCUUGGAAAUGUCAGAUUGUGAUAUCUAGAAAUUUGAAUAUUUAAAAAUUGAACAAUUCUGCUAUUGAUGAAUUUGAAACUUUAUGAAUUUAGUAGUUUGGGAAUAUAAAAGAUUGGAAAGUAGAAUACUUGAGGAUUGAAGAACCUUGAAAUUGUGAUGUUUGAAAAUAUGUUUAAAGAUUUGGAAACUAUGUACUAGAAAAUUUAGAAUA